CAUGAUUUGUAGUAAGAAGGUGGAAGCAAAAUAUUGACAAAAUGAAGUUGGAGGGAUAGGAUUACCAACUUGUUUUAUAUUUGACACCUUUAUGAUUGAUUAUUAAGUUAACUGCUGAAAAAAUCUCAACACUUAAUGAUAAUGCCGGGACCUGAAGAGGAUGGGGUUCGCUCUACUGGAGGACAGGUCGAUGAAAUGACUUUGGCUCUCAUUGAUGCUGCCCAUGACAAUGACCAAACUACCAGAGAGGUCAUUGCCAAUUCCCUGUUUGACUUGGGAAGGAAAAAACCAGCUCUCAUCCUCAGCACUUGUCACACGUACCUUAAGAAACAUUCAAAGCUUUCGCUUGAACAUAGAAUCAUAAUUCUCAACACAGUUGAACGGAUUGUGAAGGAAACUCUGGACUCUGUCGACCUGAAUUUGGCAUCCAACUUGAUCAAGCAAGCAUCGUCUGAGCUUACCCAGUCAAAGGAAGUUUCCCCCGAAUGGCAGACGGCAGCCAGUGGUGUGCUGGUGGCGCUGGGCACCAAGUACUGCAACGAGGUGAUGGGAGAGAUGCUGGAGAAAUUCCAGCCCGGUGUUUUACCCCAUUUUUUUGUGGUCCAAACCAUUGGGAACUUGGCAGCAGCCAAUGUGUAUGACAUGGUGCCCCAUCUGACGGCAGUACUUGGGACAAUGCUGCCCAUGCUUGGCCUGGCUAAGUAUGACAACAUGAGAUGGGUGUUUGCCUCAGCCAUAUCAAAGUUUAGUGAGGCAAUCCUUGAGUACUGCGCCAACCUGGAUCAAGCUCCGGAUAAAUCGGUAUCCACAGAUAGGUUUUCAGCUGAAAUCUUUUCAGCUUAUGACAUUUUGUUCAAUGUUUGGCUGCAGUCAAAAGAGGCAAAGCUGAGGCUUACAAUAAUUGAGGCCGUGGGUCACAUGACUCAUGUGAUGAGCAAGGACAGACUACAAGAGCAGCUCCCCAAAAUUUUACAAGGCAUUUAUUCCCUGUACAAACGUCACCCUGAGCCAUAUCACAUUACACAGGGCCUAUGUAUGGUGUUGGAUGCUGUUUGUGUGGAAGGAAAUUUAACACUAGAGCCUCAUUUUGACAAUUUAAUCAACAUUUUGUUUGCACAGAUUUUUCAACCUGUGGAUUAUACAAACCAAAUGAGUAUGAAAAAUCACAAUGAACUACUGAGAUCAUUUGCAAUAAUGGCUCGAGCUUUUUCUGGCAAAUUGGUGGGUGUUUUGUUGGCAAAGUUAGAGAGCAAGGAUGAAAAGAUCAAGAUGGGUAUCCUCUCCAUAUUUAAGCAUGUCAUUAAUGCAGCAGUGUCUGCUAUGGAAGAUAAAAAGGAAGUGAUUGUAUCAGGCCUGCGAGGCCUGUGCAAUGAAACAAACAACAAAGUUAAGAAAGUUUUUGCCCAAGUCAUCAUCGCCAUGGCUCACCAUGGUUACCUGGAGCUUGAAGGUGGACACCAUAUGGUGGAGUUUAUUGUUAGGCAGUGCUCUCUAGAUGAGGAUCCUAAGGGAAAGCGCUCUCCAGAUCCAGAAUAUGUCAGCAAUGAAGCGCUCCGUCACAUGUGUGACAAUAUUUUACAGCUGGUCACAACUACAAUAGACAAAAUGGAAAUUGUCUUGUGGCCCUACCUGCUGGAGCUUGUGGUUCCAGAACAGUACACGGCUUCAGUUGGAACUGUCUGCAGAUCAUUGGCCUACCUCGCCCACAAGAAAAGAGAGGAGAAUGCGCAGGACUUUUGGAUUGAUUUUGAAACCCAGCCAAAUAUUCCCAAACCUACCCAGCUUAUUGCAAGAUUAAUGGUGAUGGCAGGCCACCCAAAAAGUGGGCGUGAUCGAGGCAUUCAUGUCCUGAACCUGAUGAAAAAUCUGUCCCCAAAUCUCCAUGACAACAUUGUUGGACUGUGGGACGCUGUCAUUCCCAAACUCAACAGCUAUUUAGACGGUCCCAAAUCUAAGUAUGGACAUAGUGACUAUGGACCAGAGAGUGAUGAGGAAGAAGAAAAAGAUGCAGGGGAACAAGAAGCUGAAAAAUGGUCUCAAAAGAACUGGGAAGAUUUACUUCUCAAGAUGCUGUCUAAAAGCCUGGAUGUUGUGGAUAAUGAAGAGUGGAUUGCAGAGCUUGGAGAAGCCUUUGGCCAACAGAUUCCCUUGUAUACCAACUAUGUGGAUGAAAGGAACUUUGCAUUCAAAUGCCUUGGUAUUAUCAUGCGAAAGUCAACAAAAAAAGAUUUUGUCAACAAACAUCUUGACCUUAUCUUUUCAACAAUUAAACAUCUUGACCAAGUUGAAAGGGAGGGGUGUGCUAUAGCCGUGGGCUACACAGCCUCCUCCCAUCUGGACACAGUCCUCACCAAGCUGGACAAAGUGGCCAAGAACGACAUGACCAAAAAAUCCUCUGGGAUCCUCGGGAUUCUGAAGGACAAGUCAGAGGUGAAUGUAGAACAGGUCAAGGCCACACUCAUGUUGUGUUAUGGAUUUGUGGCCCUUUACUCUCCACCCUCCCUGAUCAUAUCUAGGAUGGAAGCAACAAUCCUACGCUCAAUAUCUCCCUACUUCCCUACAGUCAAGGACACGAGUGUAAAACAGAACCUGAUCAGAUGUGCUGACCUGAUAGCUCAAGCUCUGAACCCAGAUCACCUAGAGCAGGAAUACAAGUUUUCAACCAGAGGAGAGUUCUUUGUCCACAUGCAGACGUACAUCAAAGCUGAACCAACCACACACCUGGGGACAGACACCAGGACACUGGCCAUGAACACCUGCGCCAACCUGAUUAAACUGGAGCCAAAGUUAUCAGAAGCAGAAGUGUUUGACCUGGUGCAGACGUGCACUGACAGCCUGUUCCCCAUGUCUGCCACUGGCAUGCCGUUCAGGAAAGGGAAGGAGGAGAGCCCAACAGAACUGCUGGAGACGGAGGCCAUGAUGGAGGCUGCUUUCAGUGCCAUGCAUGAUGUCUUCAAGGAAAUCAUCAAGAAGGACUGCACACCCUCUGGUUUGGAGAGUAUUUUCAAGCAUCUGGCCCAGUGGAUGUUGUCGGAGCAAGAACAUGAGAGAGAGCGAGCACUAAACACCUGGCUCAUCGUGCAGAAGUUUUACCUGGACAUUGUGGAGGUCAAGCACCCCCAUGUUCUAGACCAGGAAGGGAAUUUCCUGGCCCGCCUCAUCCCCAGGUGUACAGAUCCUGUGGUCAAGAUCAGGCAACUGGCCAUUGACUGUGUGCAUUGCACUUUGUCGAUAGCUUUAAGACAUGAAGGUAACCCCAAUAACUCCAAAGACGCCAUGAUUGAUGCCAUCCCCACCCUGAAGGAGAGGUUAAAGAAAAGUGACCCCAACAUCCUGUUUAGUGUUGUGAAUGACCUCUCCAAGGUUAUAGCCAAAAAGCUACCAGCUGAUUGCUUGGUCCCAUUCAUGGAGAUCCUACAGCAAGGUUUACUGGAUGUCCAGUCCUCCAGUUCUUCAGGUGCUUGUGUUGUACUGAAUGCCGUCAUGAAAAUAAGAGGGCCAGACAUACGCUCAAAAGUUGAAGUUUUCCUUGAGACUCUGUACGAGAAACUCUUUCAAAUCCAGCACCCCCAGACUAAAACAGGCACCCUACGUACCAUCCGUACGAUGGCCACCCACCACCUCCUGCCCACACUCACCUCUCUGUUGACAUAUCAGCUGCCUUAUGAUGACAAUGUUGUGGAAAUUUGGAAAAUUCUUUCCCAAGAAUCAAAUCUGACUGCUUUAAUUCUGGAUCAUUUUCUGGAACUUCUGCAAAAGUCUUUGCCUUAUGAGGAAAAGGCAGAUCCUAGAGAUAAAGAAAAGACAAUCAAAACUGCUACUGUAGUGCCUUUAGCUGUAACCUAUGCCUUAACAGAAAUAUUCAAAGUGGAGGAGACGGAGGAAAAUGUGACCAAAGUUUUCCCUCGCCUGUUUGCUGCUCUCAUGGUCAGAGUUGGAUCCUCCGUCGCAGCCAAGCCACCAAAAGAAAAGAAACAAGAACUAACAGAAUCAAAGCCAGAGAAAAAAAAGAAAGGAGUUGUUGAGAAAAAGCCACAAAAAGUUGUCCCCAUUCAGGUAGCCACCACUGCCCUAAAGACAUUCCUGGAGCACACCAAGAUGACUGACAUGCUGGAGCAGCUAGAGAAAGAUGGGGCCUGGUCUCUCAUGGAGGAUGAGGUCGAGUACCCAGAAGCCAUCACUCUACUGGCCAGGGCUUUAUUGAAUGAAGAGAAGGAGACUCACUUAGCGGAUAUUGUCAAUUCUCUGACAUCUGUGUUGUCAAGUUUGUAUGAAUCACAAAGAGUAACUGUUGCUGCUUUCUUUGCUGAGUUGAUAAACCAGAAAUGUAAAGGUGAUGAGGGGCUGAUAACUCUGAUCAUGAACAGCUUGUUGGGACGUCUAGUGGACGAAUCCCACAUUGUCCGCAUGUUGUGUGUCAGAGGCCUGGGAAAUAUUGCCAGUGUAGGGAAGGCCCAGGUCCAGAAAUAUGCUACAACAAUUCUGUCUGCCAUGAUGGCUGGGAUGGAUGACAAGGAAGACCCAGAAGAUUACAUCACCAUUGAGGCCAUGAGUGGGCUCUCACGCAUCCUGGGGGAGAUUCAAGAAGAACACAUCCGAGCUAUUCUCAUUAACGUUUCUCUGAAAAUUAGGCCUUGUUUUGAAAAGGAAAAAUGUGCAGUUAGAGCCCAAGCCUUCAAGCUGUUUGGUAACUUGUCCAGGUUUGGGGAUGGCCCUUCAAAAGCUCCUUUCUUGGAACAAAUCCACAGCAAUUUUAUCAGUCUAUUGUUACAUUUGAAUGAUAAAGAAGAGGAAGUUCGACAAUCAUGUAAAUACGCACUACGUCAUCUGGGUCCACUUAUGGGGUCAGAAGUGAUGAAUGACAAAUUCCAGCGCCAUCUGAUGGAAGAUGGUCACCUUCAUUAUGGAGAGUUCAUGAACGACCUAGCUAAACUAGUCAUCCAGGAUCUUAAAGAGAAGAUCAACUUCUAUGUCAUGGGUUGUGUGUCAUUUUUCAAGAGCACAUGGCCUGAAAUAAAAAGCAAUGCUGCUAUGUUUAUUGGAUUCUUGUUAGGAAAUUUACCCAAAGACAUGCAGUCAAAUAUAACCAAGGAGCAUAUUUGUUCAGCUCUGAUCCUGCUGCUGAAAGAUUCGUCCCCACUGGUAAGGUCCAAGGCAGCUGAGGCUAUGAGUCUGCUGUACGAGUAUUAAAAAUGGCAUUCCUCUUAACUUAGAACUUGCUGAGAAUGUCCUUCUAUUGUACAGGGUUAUGUGUUGAUGUAAAGUGUUACACUGAAUAAUCUGUUUAAAAUUGUGAUACAAUAAUAAGUACUACCUGUGGUGAGUAGUAGAUGUUGUGAUGGUUUAGUGAUGAUUGCUAGUAUAGUGCAGAUGCACCGGUAUUUGGUUUGUGUUAAAGUUAGUGCGACAUUUUAUGUAUAGUGUGGCUAUAACAGUUAUUGCCAUGACAUAUCUUUUUUUGCUAUACAGCUGGAUGAUUGUAGCUGAAAAAUACUCUUAACUUAAUGCAGUCCCUUGUUAAUGUAUGUUAGUCUAUGUGUAUGGUGAUGAAACAAAAAUGUAUACUAUUGUAUUUACAUGAAUAGUAGCAAAAAAAAACAAUUUGUAAUUUGUAAUAGAAAUGCUUCUAAUUAUUGCUCUCUUUUAAAUAAAAUUGCUGUCUAUUGUUACAAUUUACAUUUGUUGUAGGUUUAUAUUCCUCAUUUGUAUUGAAUAAUAAUUUCAUACAUGCAUUAUUUAAUCAACUCAUACUCUGUUCAUGUGUUAUAGUCCAAUUAAUUAGCAUUAGUCAUAAUCUUGUAUCACAUAUUAGUCACAAAGAGGUGAGUAGUUAUAGCAUGGCUGUCAAUGGCUCUCCAUUGACCUGGGGAAUCAGACUCCAUGUGUCUUGUAUUUCCACCUGAUCAUUGGGAUAGCUAGCACUUACAAAUAGUAUUAAGCAACAAGAUUACUCUUUUUAAAAUCAAAAGUAACCGAUUGACUUGGCUGAAAACAUUUUACUUAAUAUUAAUACUGCUAUUUUUUUUAACACCAUACAGAAAUAAGUAGGCCCAAGCCUAUUCUUUUUUUUUUUUUAGAAAUAAAAAUCACAAUUAAGAAUUAACAUGAAUGUUCUAAAACUGUGUUGGAUUAUUUGACAAUUUUUUUAAUAAAUUAAAAUUACAUUACCUUUGUAUGAAAUGUAUUUUUCUAGGUUGAAUGUUUAUCAAGCAUAAUAUUAUAAUUCAAUUAGCCUAAAUGUUAUUGUUCUAAAAAGAGAUAAUCUAUAGAAUUUAUUGCGUGGUACCAUGUCUUUCAAAACGUCUAUUUCAGAAAAAAAACUAUCCACAGACAUUGUCCCAUUUUGUUGAUAUACUUGUUUUUGUAUAUACACACAGUUGAUGUGAUUACAAACCUUGAUGUCAGUGAUUUUUGCCAUACACUUUUACUCCUAUGUUGUUUUUUGUUUUGAGAUAUCAAGUAGAAUAAAAAUAAUUCUACCUUAUUACAAGAAAAUCCUUAACAAACUUUUGUGCUCUGUAAACUAAUUAGCAUGAGAGAAAAUUAAUUUGUACCAGGAGGGAUACAGGGUUUCUUUUAUUCUGUGUUGAUGUGACCAUGAUGUGUACUGAUUUUACCUGUGUUCUUUAUUAUUAUGAAACUACCUAUUUGUUAUGAUUAUUACAAUAAAAUG